AUGGCCGCCGAUGUAGGAUCGAUGUUUCAAUAUUGGAAGAAAUUUGAUCUACGGCGGCUUCAGAGGGAGCUAAACUCUGUAGCGUCUGAGCUGGCUGGUCGACAAGAGGAGAGCGAACAUUCCCACAAGCACCUGGUAGAGCUGAGCCGGGAGUUCAAGAGAAAUGUCCCUGAGGAAGUCCGGGAGAUGGUGGCACCUGUUCUCAAGAGUUUCCAGGCCCAGGUGGUUGCUCUGAACAAGCGCAGCAAGGAGGCCGAGUCUGCGUUCCUGGGAGUCUACAAACAGCUUAUCGAGGCCCCAGAUCCAGCACCUGUGCUGGAAGCCUCACACACCCUGGAAGAAAGGCUGCAGCACCUUCACAGUUCGGCCCCAGACAGCGAGGCCCUGGUACGAGAGAUCAGCGGGCACUGGAAGAAACACCUGGAGUACCUUGAAAAGACAGAGCCGUCAGAGGACAGUCCAGCAGUCUCAGGGGCAGCGGUGACAGAGGAGGCCCCAGAGUCCAAGUCUCCAGCCUCCCUGAUGACGCCCAACAGCACACCGGCCCCCGGGGCCCCAGGCUCUCCGCAGCAGAACUACCAGGACCGAGCGGAGAACCGAGGGGAGGAGGAGGAGAGCGCCAAUGUCGGUCUGGCUGACAGACUAUCAGAGGCCGAGGAGAAGAUCAAGGUUCUGCAUUCAUCUCUGGACACCGCACAGACGGAGCUGCUGGACCUGCGGUGUAAAUACAACCAGGAGAUGACCAACAAGGCAGAGGAGGUCGACGCCAUCAUGGCAAAUCUUGAGAAAGCAAACCAGAGAGCGGAGAAGGCCCAGAGGGAAGUGGAGAGGCUCAAGGAGCAGAUCGCCAGUGGCCAGACUGCCACCACAGGGAGCUGCCAUCCAGCAGAGGGCGCUAGCAGGGAGAAGAGCGAGAACGGCGAGGUGUUGCCCUCCCAGCUGGAGGCCGCCUUGCUGGCUAAAGACAGCGAAAUCCUCCGACUUCUUGAAAACAUUCAGCGGCUGCAGUUCACGCUGCAGGAAGUUCAAGAGACCUCGGCCAAUCACAUCCUAGAGCUGGAGCGCCAGCUGGCCUAUAAGACGGAAGCUAUCGAGAGAUUAGAAGCUAAACUGCAAUCGCAGAUGGACUAUGAAGAGAUUAAAACUGAACUCAGUAUCCUGAAGGUCAUGAAGAUGGCCUCAGCCAAUGGCAGCUCGUCCCAGGAUGCUGCCAAGGCUGCAGAGGCUAUUUUGCGGGAUAAAGAGGCCUUUCUUCCAUCUCACAAAUACCUGGUGGAAAAGGCCCGAAUUUUGCACAGCAUUGAUGAUGACCAUUCUGAGAAUGCAGGGAGGGAGACUGGCAGGCCGCCCGGCUCCCACUCGUCCUCCUCUCACGCCGAUGGCCGCGCCUCCCCGAGCCCCGGUCCCCCCACACUGGACGGCUCCUCCUCCAGCCACGAUCUACCGCGUCCGUUUUCCGUCUCACCGUGCUCCGGGGACCGACUGUCAGGGGACCACAUCCUUCACAGGCAGCUCCUUUCCCCACACUUUAAAAAGGAGGGCCUCGUGGCUUUUCCCACCGCCCUCUACGCCGCCAAAGUCGCCCUCAUGUCAGCCACCCAAGGGUCCGUGGGGUCGGGCAGCGUCGACGCCGGCCUGCCCAGCGACCAGUCGGAAAGCGGCAGCUCGACCGCGGGAGACGACGACCAAGUGGACACGGCAGAGAUCGCCUUCCAGGUGAAGGAGCAGCUGCUGAAGCAUAACAUUGGCCAGCGCGUGUUCGGCCACUACGUGCUGGGCCUCUCCCAGGGCUCGGUCAGCGAGAUCCUGGCAAGACCCAAACCCUGGAGGAAGCUGACGGUGAAAGGCAAAGAACCUUUCAUUAAGAUGAAGCAGUUCCUCUCUGAUGAACAGAACAUCCUAGCACUUAGGACCAUCCAGGUCCGACAGAGAGGGAGCAUCACUCCGCGCAUCCGAACUCCUGAAACUGGGUCAGACGACGCCAUCAGGAAUAUCCUGGAGCAGGCCAAGAAGGAGAUCCAGUCCCAGAGGGGAGGUGAAGGCAAGUCGUCUGUGAACAGCUCAUCAGGCAGAAGCAGUAACGGGACAGGCAGCGGCUCAGACGAAACCAUAAAGAACAUCCUAGAUCAGGCCAGGAGGGAGAUGGAGGCCCAGCAGCACGCCCUGAUGGACAUGGAGGUCUGCGGGAGGGGCCCAACUGCUAGCACAGGACCUCAGGUAGAGCGUCUGGGGCCCCCGGAGCGCUCCAGGGGUCUUCCUCUACCCAUCUCCAUCAAACAGGAGGAGGGAGGCUGCGUUACAGUCUGCAUGGCCAACCCCAUCAGCAGCCCCCAGACGCCCCUCAGUGUCCUCUCCCCGGCCGCCUUUGUCCAGAACAUCAUCCGCAAAGUCAAAUCAGAGAUCGGUGAAGUGGGCACCUACUUCGACCAGCACUGGUCUCAUGAGCGAGGGUCAAUGGUGAUCAGUGGCAUCGGUAGCUCCCUGCCCUUCAAUUCAGUCUCUCCCUCCUUGUCUUCCUCCUCUUCUGGGCCCUCCGCCUUGCCCCGGCCCUGGCCCCGUCUGGAGAACGGCGAAUGUCCCCCCAACAGCGAGGAGGCCUCUGCUGCUGAGGACGAGCUGGGGCUGGGCCGGCCAGUGGAGGUGAAAGUGGAGUCGGACACAUCGGUAAGUGGAGAGUCCCCUGGGCCCGGCCCCGGAAGGCUUUCCUACUACCCGGGGUACAUCCCGCGUGCCCUCAAGCCCACCGUGCCACCACUGACCCCAGAGCAGUACGAGAUGUACAUGUACCGAGAGGUGGACACCCUUGAGCUGACCAGGCAGGUGAAGGAGAAGCUGGCAAAGAACGGCAUCUGUCAGAGGAUCUUUGGUGAAAAGGUGCUGGGGCUUUCUCAGGGCAGCGUGAGCGACAUGCUGUCACGGCCCAAACCCUGGAGCAAGCUGACCCAGAAAGGCAGGGAGCCCUUCAUCCGCAUGCAGCUGUGGAUACUGGACCAGCUCGGCCAGAGCCUCAGCCAGCCCCCGAACCACAGCCACGCUCUGGAUAAAAGCCCAGUGACGGCCCAUUCCUCGCCCUCCCCGCCUCCUAGUCCGGCAGAGAGCCACCCAAGUCCUCUUGUUGAGCCCGUCAGCCUCUCCCUGGAGAGCAGCAAGGAGAACCAGCAGCCUGAGAGCCUGGGUCUGGGAUUGUCCCCCCACCCAGAGGGAGGGAAGUCCACCCCUGGCUUCAUGGUCCUGCAUCAGCCCACAAACCCACUGGGUAUCCAAGAGCUAGUGGCCAUGUCUUCGGAGCUCGACACCUACGCCAUCACCAAGAAGGUCAAGGAGGUGCUGACAGACAACAACCUCGGCCAGCGUCUUUUCGGGGAGACCAUCCUGGGCCUGACUCAAGGCUCGGUGUCUGACCUGCUCUCCAGGCCCAAACCCUGGCACAAACUCAGCCUGAAAGGCAGGGAGCCGUUUGUCCGCAUGCAGCUGUGGCUCAAUGAUCCUCACAACGUCGACAAGCUGAGGGCCAUGAAGAAGAUUGAGAAGAAAGCCUAUCUGAAAAGGCGUUACGGGCUGCUGAGCACAGGCUCGGACAGCGACUCGCCUAGCACUCGUUCUGAGUGUGUGAGUCCGACCUUGGCCUCGCUCGACCUGUGCCCCUACAGCCAGGCGAAGAAGCCUCGGGUGGUACUAGGAGCUGAGGAGAAAGAAGCCCUGAGGAAAGCCUACCUCCUGGAGCCCUACCCCUCUCAAAACACCAUUGAGAUACUGGCCUCCCAGCUCAAACUUAAAACAAACACUGUCAUAAACUGGUUCCACAACUACAGGUCCAGGAUGCGACGGGAGGUGCUGAUGGAGGGUCUGCUAGACAACGACACAGAUGCCGAGCUCCACAGCUACUCCCCCUCAAUGACGCGGAGCCCCAACUCUGAUGGAGAGGAGAGGAGGCUGCAGCAGCUCUCAGGACACAUCCACUCCAGCCUUCCUCUUCGCGCCAACACCGCACUGCCUCAUGUCAAACAGGAGGCAAUGGACAGGGAAGACGAGGGAAAGGAGGGCUCCAUGAAACGAGAGUCCAGAGUCCAGUGUUUCUCCACGGCAGUACAGUUCCCACAGUUGAAAAGCGAGCACGAGGAUUCCAUCGCUGGCUGCCGCGAGCCCCAUUCGGCUGGCCAGAGCCUGAGGCAGGAAGAGGGGAUGAGCAGCCAGGCUCAGGGGCUCUACCCUGGCGCAGGCUCCAUAGACGGCGCCCAGAGAACCAUCCAGUCCAGGCGCGAGGGGGAAGACUCCGGAAUGUCACCCGUUGACCCCGUCAGCUUCAAGGCUUCGUCCGAGUCCUGCCGCAGCAGCCUGGAGGUGUCUCUCAACUCCCCCUCUGCUGCAUCUUCCCCCGGCCUCAUGAUGUCAGUCUCCCCCGUCCCCUCCUCCUCUGCUCCCAUAUCGCCCUCGCUGCCCAAUCCGCCCUCAACGAGCACCAAUCACAGCCUGGACCCUAACCAGCUCCCUCCCUUCCAAAGCCCCAAACUCAACAACAGAAGCUCUCAGAGACGCAAUGAGAAAAUGGCCAACCUCAAUAACAUCAUCCACAGGCUAGAGAGAGCAGCCAAUCGAGAAGAAACACUGGAAUGGGAGUUUUAAGUCCCCUUUUACUGUAUUUAGUGCUGGAGACCCUCACGGCACAUAGGAGAGUCUCAAAUAGAAGCCUGAACGGAGCCUGGCUCCUGAAGGCCCGUCCUCUCAGACUGAUAACUUAUAAGAAACGGGAACGCAGAACAUAACAUAUGGCUGAAUUCCCUACAAGAACUUGGAGAGUUGGAGAAAAAAAAAUUAUAAUUGUGUAUUGUUUUUUUGUUUUUGUUUUUGAUAAUGCAUACUACUUUGAAAUAUAUGUGACAGCACUAGCUGUUGUUUUACCUAUUGGACUUGACAUGAAGACUUUUGCAGCUAUGGUGUCAUAAAAUGUACACUGAAGUUCUGUUGAUUGCCACUGGGUGAGAUUAAAAAAAGACCCCUGUCUUAAGCCAUUAAAAGCACUAUAACUAUUUGAAAAGAGACAUUGACCAAAUUUGCUACUUUUUGAAUAGCAAUUUUUCAGAUUUUGUCUAUAAGACUGGACAGUUUAAGUCAAGUAACAUGAAAUCCUAAUACUGAC